GAAAGCCAAAACCAAGAGUGGCGAGAGGUACUUACUCACAGAUAUAUAUUUUUUUUUUGUCUCCAUCAUUUUCUCGAGAGCUUUUAGUUUGUGUGGUUCAUCUUUCUUCUUCUCCUUCCCUCCCCCCUCUGUAACACCCCGCUUCUCUGAAUCCCUUUCUGUUAAUCAUCUGUCUUUCAAGCUAAGAUUUUCGGGUUUGUCUAUUAAUUCACCAAGAAGCAAACUUAGAAGGAUUUUUCGAAAGCCAGGUGUUUUCAGAAACGAGAUCCAGGUUUUAUUGUCGAAUUUCGCUAGUCAAAUUAAUUUUCAUAAUUAUUUUUUUCUUUGAAACCAGCCAAGAGGGUUAUUUUUGAUCCCUCAAAGCUAAUUUCUCUCUCUCUUUUUUUAUUUCCGGGACUGAAGAGGUUGUCUAUUUGAAAUCUCCUUCAUCCUUUCCUUUCUUGUAGAAAACUUUUUAAAUUUUUUUGUCAGUGGGUGUUUUAAUUAACCACCUGUUCUUCAAGUUUUAGAAAGACGCAGGUUGAAUUAAUUAGUAUCAUGGCAGCUUUGAUGGAUUUUUACAGCAGCAGCCCAGAGUUUCAACAUCACUCAGAUCCAUUCAGGGGAGAACUAAUGGAAGUUCUUGAACCUUUUAUGAAAAGUCCUUCUCCCAACUAUUUCCCUUCCUCCCCCUCCCUCCCUAAUCUUUACUCAAACGGGUUAUCCAGCAACACCCAAAGCUUAAUUGGCUUCGGGCAAGCGCAACCCACAUCUCUUGUGGGCCUGAACCACCUAACCCCAUCUCAGAUCUCUCAGAUCCAAGCCCAAAUCCAGAUCCAGGCCCAGCAGCAUCAGAAUCGCAGCAACACCCUGAGCUUCCUUGGGCCGAAGCCCAUCCCCAUGAAGCACGCGGGCAUGCCUCCGAAGCCCACGAAGCUUUACAGAGGGGUGAGACAGAGGCACUGGGGAAAGUGGGUGGCUGAGAUCAGACUUCCCAAGAACCGGACCAGGCUGUGGCUGGGAACCUUCGACACCGCCGAGGAAGCCGCUCUGGCAUACGACAAGGCCGCGUACAAGCUCCGAGGUGACUUCGCCAGGCUCAACUUCCCAAACCUGCGACACCAGGGUUCCUCCGUCGGUGGUGAUUUCGGGGAGUACAAGCCUCUUCAUUCCGCUGUUGACGCCAAGCUUCAGGCCAUUUGCGAAGGCCUGGCUGAGCUGCAGAAACAGGGGAAGACCGAGAAGCCUCCGAGGAAGUCGCGUUCCAAACUCGCGGAGAAGGUUGUUUCCGACAAGGAGAACAACAACUCUUGUAAGGUGGAAGCUGCGUCCUGGUCGUCGGAAGGUUCUUCGCCGCUUUCGGAUCUGACGUUUGCUGACGUGAGCGAGGCUCAGUGGGAAGGUGAUUCGGAUAAUUAUAAUCUCCAGAAGUACCCCUCUUAUGAGAUCGAUUGGGAUUCUCUGUGAAGUGUCCUAUUAUGUAUGGUCUAGUCUAGGUCUUAGUGUCUCUUAGGUGGCUGCUACUGCAAUGGAGUUUUUGGCAAUUGCAGGGCUAGUACUAUUCUGUGUAUAAUCUCUCUACCUUGCUCACAGCUGGUUUUUUUCUUGCUUGACCAGGGAGAAUUAGUCCGCUUAAUAUGUUUUUCAAGUGCAUCGCUGUAAUCUACUUCAAUUUCAUCAUCUUAUAAAAUAUAUUAUUCUACUA